CAAAAAUUGGAAAUGCUAUUGCUUUUUACAAAGCAAAUUUCUUAAAUAACAAUUUUCUAACCUAAUUCUAUUUACUAUAAAUUUAUUUUAAUAUAACAGCGUAAAUUGCAAGAGGUUUAGUUGAAAACAGAAAUCUCUCGUUGCUGUUAUAAUGAAAAAGUAAUAUGGUAUAACGGUGGUGAAAAUUGUAAAAACGUCUUCGCUUUUGACAGUCACUUGUACUAAUUUUUGUGAAAUAAGUUUUCUUAAAGCUAUAUAAUAAUAAAAUUAAAGGAUUGUUUAGUGUUAGAUGAUCUUGACUUUAAAUAUCGUAGUGUCACAUUGAAGUAUCCCAUGUCUUGUCAAGUUAUGUACCAGUAUGAUCAUCUGCUAUGUGACCCAAGAAAUUCUCAUCAAAUAUGUGAACGACAGCCCAGACAAAUAGUGUGUCAUCACCAUAUCUGACUGAUUUCAGUUGUUCCAGGUGCAAAUGAUGUCGGCUGUGAGUGGAGAGCCAAUGCUGCGACGUGUGAAGCAGGAAGCGGAGCCUCCGCCACAGUACCCCACGCCGGAGCCUCAGCCCCCGCACACACAGCCCCUGCACAGGCCGCUGAUCAUGCAGCCGUCUGAGCUGGAUCUCGAACCAAAAGAGGAGGUGAAAUUCUGCGUGUCCCCCGGGGAGGGGGCGGUGGUGGGGAACACAAGCCCCGAGCAACAGCACUGUUCGUCGACCACAGCGGCGGCCGCCACUGGCACCAGGGACGACGACACACACAGAAGGGUGUGCUUAGUAUGCGGAGAUGUCGCGUCGGGCUUCCACUACGGAGUCGCUAGUUGCGAGGCGUGUAAAGCGUUCUUCAAAAGGACAAUACAGGGCAACAUCGAGUACACGUGCCCGGCGUCGAACGAGUGCGAGAUCAACAAGCGGCGGCGCAAGGCGUGCCAGGCGUGCCGCUUCCGCAAGUGCCUGCGCAUGGGCAUGCUGCGCGAGGGCGUGCGUUUGGACCGCGUGCGCGGCGGCCGCCAGAAGUACCGCCGCCCGCCCGACGCCGCGCAGCCGCACCAGCCGCGCCCGCACCUCGACGACAUCAAGGUAUUAGAAGCGCUCACAUCGUACGAGCCGGAGCUGAUGACGUGCUCGCCACCGCCCGCGGGCGUCACCGACGCUAACGCCAGGACCCUCGCCAUGCUGGCUGACCUGUACGACCGCGAGCUGGUCGGUGUCAUAGGCUGGGCCAAGCAGAUACCGGGCUUUACGGAUCUGCAGCUCAACGAUCAAAUGCGGCUGCUACAAAGCACGUGGGCGGAGAUGCUGAGCCUGAUGCUGGCGUACCGGUCGAUGUCGGGCGGCGGGCCGCUGCGGCUGCGGUUCGCGUCCGACCUGGCGCUCGACGAGCAGCAGGCCCGCGAUAUUGGCGCACAGAACCUGUUCGCGCAGGUGGCGGGCGUGACGAAGCGGCUGGAGAGCGCGGCGGCCAUGCGCGAGGAGUGCUACCUGCUGAAGGCGCUGGCGCUCGCCAACUCGGAGGCGCGAAUAGACGAGACCGCCGCGCUGCGCCGCUUCCGCGACCACAUCCUCGCCGCCCUCAACGACGCCGUCUCCGUGCUCAGGCCAUACAACGCGAACGCGGCGCUACAACAGUUAUUACUAGUGUUGCCGGCGUUACGGCACGCCGACGUCGCAGUCCGCCGCUUCUGGUCGGCCGUGCACCGCGACCGUCGCGCGCCCAUGAACAAACUAUUCGUAGAGAUGCUCGAGGCCAGUCUACGGUAGGCCUGACCGUGUAGACCGGCAGUGAGUGAGCGAAACGAGCGUAACACGCGGUUGUGAGUGAGCGAUACAAGCGUAACGCUUGGAAAUGAGUGAGCGUAUAACGGCGAAAAUGAGUGAGCGUAUAACGGCGAAAAUGAUUGAGCGUAUAACGGCGAAAAUGAUUGAGCGUAUAACGGCGAAAAUGAGUGAGCGUGAAUACAAGUGACUAUACAACCCGGGCGCCGGGUCGCGACUUUUAUCAUCAUCAUCACAAAAUCAACAUAUCACAUUAAAUAGUGAGUACUAUUUGCCAUAUUAGGUCUGCAUUUAACCCCGUGUUAUUGUUAUGUGUGAAUGUUGUCCGGACUCCGUGUUUUAUGGCUGUGAAUGGUAGAACAGUGCGGCGGCUACUGUCAUAUUAUGUUCUCCUAUAGACAUUGUCGCGUCCCCGCGCCAUUAAUGUACAAAACGAUGGACAGACGUAGUACAAACUUGUUACUAUUUUUGUAUAAUAUUAAAAAAAAAAUAUAUCUAGUUUUACUGUACGGGGUGUGGUUUGAGAUUAUUAUGGUCGAGGAAAUUAUGUGCCGUUUAUUUCGCACUUAGAAGUUAGACUGCACAUACUGUUUUAUAUAUGUACAAUUAAUUAAUAAUCGUUUCCAUUUAUUGUGAAUCGAACUCUUAUAAAAAUUUCGUUGACAAAAAAUACUACUAAUUGGGCCUACAAAAUGAUGCCUCGUGAUAUUUGGAUUAAUUUGAUUGCGGUAAUAUUUUUUAAUUGUUAAAUAUUUUAUUGCGCUGGCAAUACCUGUUAGUGAUAGUUUAAUUUAUUAUUAUUUUUGCGUACUAAAGUCAUGUGUAGUGUAGCUUUGAGCAAUGAAUUCGAUCACAUGUCGUGAAUGGUAGUUUCCCCGACUGUACAAUAAUGUAAAUACGGUAAAUGCGGGGGCCGUAUUCGGCGCAUUUAUCAUUAAACUGUUGUUUUUAUUUUUAAUAUUUUUUUGAAAACGUUAAUUAGCGAGAAUAGGAACUGUUUAUACUGUGAUAGGGUUUUAUGUAAAGUCCAUUGCAGUAAUACUAACAUUAUGGAUAUAUCAAAUAUCAACUGCUUUUGAAUGUUAAAGGCCAAUAAAAAAAAAAAAGAGUAUUUGUUACAUGAUCAUGUAGCAAAUUUUGAAUUAAUUAAAGGUAAUUUCAUAGAUAAUUUUUUUAAGAUUAUUUAUAAUGUCUUUGGUGAAUUUAUCAACUUUCUUAUAAAUUGGUAAUUUAAAAAAAAAAAAAAAAAACUUAAGACGACCCAAUAAAAUUUUAUAUUUUGUCAAUUUUUAACUGUGAUAUGAUUGUAAAUUAUGGCUACUGUAUAUUUGAAUUAUAAAAUUUACAUUUAGAAAUACAUUUGUUUGGUAUACAUUAUUGUUCGGAUGUAGUAUAAACAGUGCCUAUAAAUUCUUAUUAUAAUUUGAACAUUACAAUAGUUUGUUAAUAGUAGAAGUGGAUUUAUUUGAAAGAUUGUCAUAUAUAAUGGGAUAUAAAUAAUUUUUAGAGCUGUUCCACUAAUGUAACUAUAUACAUAUUAGUAUAUUACAACCAAAUUUAAUAUAUUUUGGAGUGUUGCCAUGCCGAUGUACAAUAUUGUUAAUAUGGUCAUUUGAAUAUUUUCUGUAUAUAAAAAAAAGUUAUGUAGAUCGAAUAUAUAAUAUAUAUAUGUCUAUAUACAUUGCACAAUGGUGAUUUUAUAAACUUACUAUGUUUGUCGUUGCCAACUAUUGUUUCGACUUCAUCUGGAAGUCUUCAAGGGGUGUACGAUGCUUUACGACACAGCGUCUCGUUUCGCACUCGAAUAACAACAUAGUAAGUUUAUAAAAUUCUUGUUUUGCAUAAAAAUAGACAUUAAAAUGAAUAUAAGUUUUAAAAUAUAAUAUAUAUGUGUAGUGGAACAGUGAAAAUACCUCAAUACCUGUUACCAAUCACAAUAUAUCAGAAUGUAUAACAUUGUAUAGCGAAACAAUAUAUAUAUUAAUAUCAUGAAAUGAUAUAUUUACACAUCAGUGAUAUAUAUAAGUGAAUGUUGAGCUUACAAAAGAUUUGUCUACUAUAGUAUAGUAUUGGAAAUGAUGAAUGACGAAUAGAGCCAAUAAAGUUAUUCCAGUGAGUUGAAAGUUUUGUUGUAGCGAUUCUUAUGUUAAGAAUAUUUACGUUAUUUAUAGUCUUUUAACAGUUUCUCGUAUGCUGUGGUGUUCUCAGGGUAUGAACGCUGUAUCAUGUGCCACAUGUAGCCGAUAAGUUUAUUCGACGUUGUUGAUCUGCGAUUACUAUGUUAUUGGCGAGGUGGCUGUGGCUUGAAUGACCACGGAGUGAGAAUAAUAAUAUUGAAUAAUAACAUACAGAUGAAUAACACCCGAGUCCUCAGGAAUGGCAACGCAUGGGGGGUAACAUGGGCGAAACGGUAUACUCUGUUAUGUCCAUGGUACUGCUCAUCUCUAGGCGACGGUUACUUUUCGUCAAGUGGGUCAUAAAAAAAGUUUCCAUGAAAAAAUCAUUGGUUUUACGUAACAAAAUUAGUACAGAAAUUGCAAAAAUAUGGUUUUUUUUUAUACAACUUAGAAUGGCAAACAAGCUAACGGCCCACCUGAUGGAAAGUGGUAACCGUCGCCUAUAGACAUGAGCAGUACCAUGGACAUAACAGAGUAUACUAUUUCGCCCAUGAUACCCCCUAUGCGUUGCCAUUUACUAUUUAUUUAUUUAGUUUUAUUUGGGAUGACAAUUUUUUACAUAGAAUUAGUAAAUCAUACAUUACCCAUUCGCUAAAAGCUAGCUAAUUAUCCAUCCGUAGAGCAAACAAAACCAUAGUUUAUGGUUAUUAUGCAUACAGAUAUAAACAAUAAUUAUAUGAUGCAUCUACUAUAUAAUUUGCACUGCAGGUAGCACUGCGAUGAUAUUAUUUUUAGCUUUAUUUUAAGCUUUCUUUACUAAAAGAAACAGGACAAAAUUCUAAAAGUUAAAAUUAUGAUUAACUCAUAUCAUAAAAUUGGAAUCAGCGAAAGAAUUAUUUUUAUAUGUAUAUUUACGUGUGUUAUUUUUGUUAAAUUGACACUUAAUAUAUCUACUUGAGGAGAGUGGCAGCUAUGCAGUUUCCGAUAUUAUUCAAGCCACAGCUUAAUCUCGAGUCGGAUUGUACGCAGUCGCAUUCCACUACGGUUCAUUUUAUGCUGGGACUACACGGUUGACCUAGAUAGGCUCGUUCGGCCAGUGGUAUCUGAAAAGUGGUAACCGUCGCGCGUUGUCUAUAAAUAUGAAUACUUAUAAUACCGGUGUUAAAUAAAUGUAUGCAAUAAUAAAUGUACAAAAAAUAAAUGUACAAAAAGUCCAAUGUAUCCGUUAAAGUACAUUUAGAUAUUAGUAUAACAGAUAAUACAUCAUCCAUUUCUUACUCUGUAAAAUUUUUUUCUGGAAGCAUUUUGAUCCUGUUAUCGGCGAAAACUAUAAUUGAGUCUAAUUUUAAGAUUGUAUAAAUAUAAUUGUAUAAUUAAGUAAACUUAAUUUUAAAUUUUCGCGUUGUUUACACAUAUUUUAAAUACACAAUCGGAACUUAAUGCAAUGUAAAAACUUUUACAGAUAAAUAGUACAUACCUGCUUCUUCAUUGCCGACGUGGCUUGCACCAACGUCUAAACGAAACGUGUCAAGUAAAGUUGUACUUAUUAUGAUUUUAUGUAACUAUUUGAAAAAAAAAAAAAACAUUUUGUGCUGGGUAUUUAUAGUUAAUAUUAAUUAUAAUGAUAAUUUGUUUACGAAACGAACUCAUUUUCAGAUAUCGUUAUCGAUUAGUUUUUAUGCAGUAAUUAGAGAUCUAGAAAUUUAAAAUUCCUUUUUUUUUUAAACAGUUCUGUAUUCACCUUUGUUGAAGUGCGAUGUUUAUAGGCUCCGGAUACUACUAUCCAUAGACCACUGGGGCUAAUUUGUACAUUCUGUCGGUAUCUUAUGAUGAUACAUUCGUUCGAUUAUAAUCUGUGCACAAAGGCCAUUUUAUUUUCGGCUUAUAUUUGAUUACAAAAAAAGGCGGCGUAAGAUAUAAGUUAGUUGUAACAACAUUAAAAAAAAAUCGCAUAUUACAAUGUUGUUUCUUGCGCGGGAGAAAUGUCUAUCAUCUGCGCAGGAUUUUAAUCGUUGUAUAUAAUAUGUAUGGGACCAUACAACAAACCGAAGCGGCGUGCGACACCGCGUACGAUCCGUCCGAAUUGAUAUCCGAAAACUAGUUAAGUAUAAAAAUGGACUGGAACAUGUAAAUAUUGUUUUUAUAUUAGCGUAAUCUCAGAUCAAGGAGUAGGUGUCCGAACCCUUAACCGUGCCCGUGUCUUAUUUGUAUUUAACGAAGUCGUACCUUUUUCUUUAUAUAUUGUUAUUAAAUGUGACCUGAUCCUGGUACUAUGUGAAAUAAAUUAUAAAGCGGUGAUAA